CCCCUAAACAAUACUACAAAUAUUGCUUAUGGUGACAUGUUCACUGUUUGAAAACUGGCAUAAUUUCGUGGCGCGAAAUACAGCUGCCUUCGCUCUCUGUCAUCGUCGGUUCUCUCUCAUUCUCAAUUCUCAAUCAAAGCCAUUUUCCGCGGUGACCAAGGUAACAGUCAGGAGGAUGGACGGAGUAGAAAAAGACGCAAUUGGAAGUUGGGCGCUCCCGCUCGCCAUGGACAUUGACAUGGAUACAGAAGAUAAAAUUCAAAGUACGAAUAUGGAUGACUUUGAAGAUGAACAGUGUGAAGAACGAGACAGAGAGGCUGUUGUGAAAAAGACUCCUAUUCGAUCUUAUGCAGACUUGAGAAGGAAAAUCACAGAGAAUCAUUCAACAGAAAGUCCAAGUUCAGACUUAACUCCAGAAAAGACUUCAGUUGAUGAUCCACAAAGACAUUCAGAAUAUGAUCUGAGAGAGAAACUUAACAGGAAAGGAUCACGAGACCAGGAGAGACGAGAUGUGACCAUGAGAGGUCAGAGAUACAGAAGAAAAGAAUUCCACUCAAAUGUUGCAAGAGGUUCUAGAGUUACCAGCCCUUUGAGAAGUCCCCAUGAUAAUGUAAAGUACAACAUUUUGGACAUGGAUAACAGCAACAGUCACCGGUUCACUAGGAAUCGCAUUGGGGCACCUCAGCAAGAUUUUAAACGGCCCUAUCAUUCAAGGGACUCUCCUCCACCGCGACACCGGAACUCACGGUUUCAGCGAAACAAAGCAACUGUCAGAGAAUCCAAUUCUGGCGAGAGCGUUCAGUCUACUCCAAGCAGCCAUACUGUGUUCUCUGAUGAGUCUGAGUCGGAUGGUACGCCAGUCCUUUCCAGGAUCUCACCAAAGCGUUUGAGGAUGUCAGGCUCCAGGCGCCGUUUACAGUUGCCAGCAGAAGAUGAAAGUGAGCAGGAUGCAGAUGAACGUGAUUCUGAAUCUGAAAAUGCUUCCUCCUUGGUCAGAGAAGAUGAAGAAGCUGUGUCAGAAGAGAGGUCUCCUGGUUCUUCACACAGAAUCGAUUUAUCGCCGAUAGAUGAAGCUCGACUUGCAAGAAAAGAAAAAGAUGUCCAGUAUGGAAAAAACACAGAUGCAUACAAGUUGUACACAGAAGUUGUGCCCAAAGCAUCUCGCUCCAGGAAUAAAAAGUAUCAUCCCCGAACCCCGGAGAAACGGAUAAAAUGCAGUCGCCGGUCCUGGGAUUCGCAAAUCAAGAUCUGGAAGCGUCGUCUUCACACAUGGGCAGAGGCACACAGGACCUCUCACAAUGCCGUUGAGGAGGAGGGUUCCUCUCACAGCUUGGCUUCCAGUGCUGGGGAUGACCGGGUACCGCAAGCGCAAAAAGCUACUGAAGCAGCCGACGAUGAUCUAGUACCACAAGCCCGAGAACCUAUUGAAGCAGCCGAGGAUGAUUAUUUGGAUUUGGAUGAAGACGAUUUUCUGGACAGUGCCAAUCUUAAUCUUGACGUAACUGAAAUUGAAGAGAAGAUCAAAAUUAAUGACCAAGCUUGAUACGUGCUAUGAGAACUUUUUAUGCAUGUACAUUGUUUCACAUUAAUCCAGCAUGUUAUUUUCCUGGUUGCACUUUACGGAGAUGUGACCAUGAAUUGAAUACAACAAUUGUAACAUAGUCUUCCAAUCAUUGCCAGUUGAUGGCACUUGCUCUCGUGUGGUAGAUUCGAUAGAAGCAAAACUGGUCCAUCAUAACUGAUAGAACCCCUUCCAACCUCUGUCAACAGUACUGGAAAAUUUAUACAAAUCAUACGGUAAUGCACCAAUUUCUUAAAUUCCUACCAACAUUUGUUCUGCUCUGUUUUUCUGUUUACUCAUGAAAAAAACAUUCAUAAAUUUCUCUCUUGAGACAAUUUCAUUGACUUGAUCUUGAAGGAUGCUCUUAAAGUAUAUUUGGAAUAAUCAAGGGCUGUAAGUUAAAACGAACAAAUCUGUUACUGGUUAUAUGAAUUUAGAAAGAAAUUAGUAUUGUGUGUAACUGUUUGAAGAGAGGUGCAGACCAAUUUUUUUCCUCCAUCUUCUGAAGGCAGCUAAAUUCUCAUCUUCAGUGUUUUUUAGACAUUAUUUGUAUUCAUUUUGUAUAAUAUUAUAUACUCUGUUGUUUUCAUAUACUAGAACAGUCACCACAGAUCUUCUCAAGACUUACUGUAUGUUGUUUGAUUAGCAGAGAUGUGCUGGGGGGGGGGGGGGGGGCAGCUGAGGGCUAUCUUGCUUAUUAGUGUUUCAAAUGUUACCAAAUUUCACACAUAUAACAAGCAUAGUAAGGAGUCUUAAAAUCCGCAAUCAGAUUUGAGAUAAAAGUUUUAUAUGGUGGCCAUAUUGGAUUUUGUUGACAUGUCUUACAUAAUUAAUACCUCACUUUUUUUUUCGUGGGAAGAAAUUGGUUUUUUGCAUGCGUCUUGGCAAACAUUAGAUAUACAAAUUUGUCUUAUGAAUUUUUCCUAAACAUACUGGAAAUUUUUUAAUGAAUUUUUUCCUGAGGUAUUCACGUUUACAAAAAAUCCGUGAAAAUCCACUCCAAACACCACCAUCAAAAGUAUAUAGAAAAGCCACGUUUUGAGAAAACGGAUGAUAAAGAAAGAGAAAAGAUUGACUUUAUUAGGAAAUGGUGGUGACAAACACAUGCCCGGUACAGGAAGAAAUAAGGUUUUAGGGGUUUUUUAUGUGAUCAAAUAGUUGUAGGAGAGGCUUAAAGAAGCUAAAAAUGCCUACAACUUAAAAUCCAUAGUGUUUAGAUCACUUUUCCCUGGCAUGAGUCAUAGAAAGCAUCAGGGUUUUUGAAUACCCAAACCCCUCAAGAAAAUAUCCUCUUUUUCUUCUCGAGGGGGGGGGGGUGUCCUAUCUUUCUUUUGCUGCUCCGUUUGCCUUCUUCUUUUUUUUGAAAGGGAGAGAGGGGCAUCCCAUUUCCUGUUGAGAGUACAUCAGUGCUGUUUCUGAAAGUGAAAAGGAGAGGGGUUGCUGGCAUUGAAGCUUUUGUAACAUAAGCUGGAGUUUGUUGGGUUUUUUUUUAAUAGAUUUAAUUAAAGCAAUAUAUUUCUGAGAUAUAUUAUACGAUUUAUUUGAUUCACAUUAUACAUGCACUUUUCAAAAGUAGUUUAUAUAUUACAUCUGUUUGAUAGCAAGUACUAUUUAUUGUGUUCACAUUGUGUGGCUUCUGUUGAUUUUAGUAACUACUUUAAACAAGACAAAUUUUUCCCACAGAACUAAUGUUAUACAUAUGUACAGAUUAAUAUUGUGCACUUUAUAUUUUAUUAAGUAACCAUGGAUUAUCUGUUGUCUUUAUAUUUCUUAACAUAAAUGAAACAAAAAAUGUACUUUUGCCAUAAGAUGUAAUUUCAGUGAAAAUUGUUGCCCUUAAAUUGGAUUGGACCUUGAGAUCUUUUACGUCCCAUCGCAGCAUAACAUAAUUUCCAAAGUAAUACUGACUUAUGUUAAAACAGAAACACACUGACUCGAUAAUAAACUUUUCAACUGGGCAAAAGUGAGGCAACUCAAAAAUUGUGCAGUGAUAUAAAAAUGAAUAGGAUACUCCCAUGGUCACUGCUUAUCUCCUACAACUGAACACACAUGACCGUCAUGUUUUUUUCAACUGGAGGCACUUGUUAUAUCAUUAAUGUUGACCUGAGGCUGUAGUUUAUUUAUGAGUGCAUGCACAUCUGUUUGUACAUAAAAUGUUUUUUCACCUCUGUAUUUUGUAAGUGUUUAUUCAUUAAAAAAAAGAUGUUUUGUUUCAGUUACGUUCGUAUAUGUGCAUAUGACCAUGCUUCAAUAAAUAACUUUAAUUAAUUAU